AUGGCAGUAUCGGGUAGGAAGGUUGCCGAUUUUCAAGGUUCCCUAUCCAAAGGCUCAGCAGAGGACUUUGACCAUAGAUGUGAACCAUGUUUGGCGAUUGGUCAGCAAAUAGAAGCUCAUGGAUUUUGUGUGGACUGUCAAGAACACUUGUGUAAGAACUGCUUUGCUUAUCAUCAAAGGUUAAAGGCUAACAAACACCAUCAGCUGGUAAACAAAGAUAAUAUGGCUAAACAUGCUGUUAGCAAGGAGUCAGACAAAUGUACCGAGAAGUGUCAAGUGCACAAAAAGGAAGUGAUUAAAUUUUUCUGUCCAAAACAUGAAGCUCUCGGCUGCAACGAUUGUAUCGUCCUGAAUCACAGAGCAUGUGAUAUUGACUAUAUACCUGAUAAAUGUGCAGGUAUUGGGGACAGUGCAGAGUUCAGAUAG